UUUCCGAUACUUUACUGACAUAACUAUUAUAGUACUGAAUAUAUUUUAUCAUCGUCUCCUGUUUGUUUUUUAACAUAUAUAAUCAAAUAAAUGGCUGAAUCAGUCCGUUUGACAAACGAUGAUUUUCGUAAACUUUUGGCUACUCCGCGUCAACCGCCUCCCGGGAGUACACCAUCUAUAAAUGCAGCUGCAGCUACAUCGUCGUCCAUUGAAAAGAAAAAACCUCAAGGUUCAAGUAGUGAACGUAAUGAUUUGCGUCGGAAGAAGAAAAAUUUUUAUGCGGCACUUAAGAAACAGGAAGAUGGCAAAUUACAGCAACUUUCCGAAAAAUAUCGCGAUCGAGCCAGGGAACGCCGUGACGGUGCAAAUCCAGAUUAUCAAAACGUCAGCACACCUGGUCAUAGUAGCAACAAUGCUUAUCGUGCUGUUGCUCCGGAUUUAAAAUCAGGCAUAGAUGCGGCUGAGCGCCGUCGUCGAAUUAUACAGGAAUCUAAAUUUUUAGGUGGUGAUAUGCGACACACCCAUUUGGUGAAGGGUCUCGAUUAUGCUCUUUUACAAAAAGUACGUUCUGAAUUACAAACUAAAGAGGUAGAAGAACAAGAAUUGGCAGUGGCGGCGGCUACUGAAAAGUUGGCAGAAACCGCAGCAGCUGAGCAAGCUGAAGCAGAAAACAAAGAUGUUGAUGAUCAUAUGACUAUAAAAAGCACUAUGGCCCGAAACAUUUUCAAUAUAAUUCAAGCUAGGCGAUCCAAAGAAGUGUCUUGUAAUGAACUAUUUGCUCCAGGUCGCAUGGCCUACGUUAUUGAUUUAGAGGAUGAUUUGGGCGAAACUGAUAUUCCUACAACAUUGGUACGGUCAAAAUUCGAAGUGCCUGUUAAUCGGGAAGACAUUGCCACCCUCACUACAAAUGAUAUAGUUAUAAAUAAACUUUCUCAAAUUCUUUCCUAUUUACGGGCUGGUGGUCGUAAUAAGAAAAACAAGAAAAGGGACAAAGAUAAACCCCUUUUCUAUGAAAAAGAAAUGGAACAAUCAUUGAAUAUGAUUGGGACAGGAUUGAGUGAUGGUGUUGAUUUAACUGGAAAAGCUGUUGGUGACAGCAUAUAUGACGAUAUUGGUGAUUAUCAACCAAGUUCUAAAAAGGAAAGUUCCAAAUUAGAUAAAAAUAACCUUAAAGGUGGGACUGGAUCUUACUUCGCGGAUGUAAAAGGUAACGACGAUUCCGAGCCGUUAGUAACGAACAUCCCUCCACCGCCAAAGAUUACAAAGACGAUAGCUUCGCGAUUUGCUAAUGAACCCGAAGGUUACGCUGAGUGUUAUCCAGGCCUAGAAGAGAUGAAUGAUGCUAUCGAUGAUUCUGAUGACGAAGUAGAUUAUACCAAAAUGGAUUUGGGCAACAAAAAAGGACCUAUUGGUAGAUGGGAUUUUGAUACACAAGAGGAAUAUUCCGAUUAUAUGAGCACAAAGGAGGCUUUACCCAAAGCUGCAUUUCAAUAUGGAGUCAAAAUGCAAGACGGAAGACGAACUCGAAAAAACAAAACAGAGAAAAGCGAAAAGGCAGAGUUGGAUCGUGAAUGGCAGAAAAUACAGAAUAUUAUCCAAAAACGAAAGUUUCCAAAAGGAGGUGCCGAAGAGCCUGACUUCAAAGCUGCUAAAUAUUAGUAUGCAAAUAUUAAUGAAGAAAACAUCAAAAUUAUCUAAAGAUUUAUACAGAAUAGUUUCACAUAUAUCCUGUUUCAUUCAUUUAUAAUUCUAGUAAGAUUCGUUCCACUGAAUGUUGACGAUGAAGAAAGUAUCCAGGAUUUGCUUCUCCAAAUCGACAACGUAAUACAAUAUGGAGAAGAUGCUGACGUAAAGAUACGUGAUUUCGAUCCACCAGAGGAAGAAGAUAAUGAAAAUGAGGAUUGAAAAAUUCCUUACCGUCAAUUUGUAAUUUCAAAUAUUAUUAAUAAAUAAAGAUUUUGUUUACUUCUUCACAAAAAUA